AUGGCUCACAAGCGCACCCUCAACUCCCGCGUCUCCAAGACACACAUCACCCGUGCGCAUAUCCAUCUCAACCGCAAGCCACAUCCGGCGAUACGAACGACGAAGAAGCGCAACCAGAAGCUUCGCCGAAUAGACAUUCUACCCCCUCCCCUUACCAGCUCAAGCUCGAUGCACAAGCCCUUCGACGCUCGCUUCACGCGACAUAAGUCCACCUGGCGGUCCAUAGCACAUGGCUUUGUGGAGCAGCAACAAGAGAAGUUGAGGAAUGAGGACGGUGAUGAGAUGGAGUGCGAAUACGAUACUAUGGACCAACUGGCCGCGUUCGAGACGAGCGGUGGUGUCUUCGGUAGUCCACCUACCUCUGCCGCGUCGUCACCGUCGUCGUCUCCAAGUAGCGAUACUACUGGAAGUACAGCAUCGUCUUGGGGUACCGCGUGGACCUUCAGUGCUCGCACCCUCGCCAGUUCAAUGGUGUCACAGCCCAGCGCGGCGGCCUUCAGUGCCGCUACGAGCAGCUCAAGCGCAGGCAACAGCAGUAUGUCCUCUCCAGAGGUCGACAUGAUCGAUGCUUCCGACGAGUAUGAAAGCCAUGUCACCGCCACACCUACGGUUGUCACAGCUUCCAUACCCGCACCACCACCCUCGCAGCCGCCACAGCCCGUGACCACGGCCCCCACCGCCAAGGUCACCCCACCCCUCUUCUCAGGCUUAGUCUCCUUACCAUAUAAACCCUUGCCGAAUGAGAAGGCGGCCGCCAAACCGCGCUCAAAGGCCCCCUCUCUACCCCCCAAAUCCGCAUCCAAACCCGACGUCGAACUAGGCAUGGGCUCUUUCUCCCCUUCAAAAAUCACCUCCUCACCCCUCCUCAUCUCCGCUUUCUCCAACCCCCAUUUCAAAACCUUCUUCGCCUCCGAAAUGGUCUCUCUUCAAACCCAUCUGAAAUCCAACAAGGAGAUUCGGGGCUCCCACCUCGUCUAUCUUAAUAGGUCGCUGAAGUGGGUCAUCGAUGCGGCGGAGGCAAAGUGGUUCAAUCCCGACAUUGACUUUGAGAGCGAUGAUGUGGCGGAUUGGAGGGGGAAGUUGAAUGUUUUUAUGGAGGUUUUGGGGGGUGUUGUUGGGGAGGGUGGGGAUGGGGUGGCGAAGGAUACGAAGGAGAGGAUUGAGAAGGUGUUUGGGCUUUUUGCGGAUGAGGAGGGGGUUAAUGGGGGGUUUGGGGAGGAGGCGGCGGCUUGA